AUGGUUCGAGGAAAACAGGUUAAAUCGAAAAAUGUGGCUAUAUCCGAUUCGGAUUUCCAACUUGAAGAGGAGGAGGAGGAACCAUAUUCCAGUGAUGUGGGUGCAGAUAUAUCAAAUGACGAUAGUGACAUGGGUUCGGACAUCCCAAAGUUUGAUGUAAAAAACGUAAGCGUCGACGAGAUUUUUCGAAGAAAAAAUCGGCUCAACACCAAGCAAAAGGAGUCCCCGAUAAUUCUACUCAAAAUAUCAAGAAAACCGUGUUCGGCAAAUUCCUGGGCAUACCUCACUUGUAAAUUCCAGACUCAGCUAGUGAAUUUGAUUUUGUUACGUGAGGUACAUCAACGUAAGUCUGACGAGGUCUGGGUGAAUUUUGGUGGGAAGAUGCUCCGUUUCGGCAUAGAAGAGUUUGCAUUGAUAUCAGGAAUGCCAUGCAUUGUAUCCAGCGAGAAAUUAACCUUCCCCACAGUGACUAGCGGUCUCUACGACACAUACUUCUCCAGUACCUAUAAUCCAAAGAGGAAUCCUUCCAGUGCACAAUCGGCAGAAGAUACAUACGAGAGGAGACAAAGAAAAGAUGUCGGUGAAGAUGUGCCUCGUAUGUUGAGAUUGGAUGAGUUGAGAAGAAAGCAGACAGAAAUGGCCAAUGAUCUUCAAGCGCUGAAGAAGUUGUUUCAGGAUUUCUUUGUCGCUGUUUUGAAGCGAUUGGAUCAGUUGGGUGGAAAUCUUGUUGCACCAUCACAUGAUCAGUUUGUAUCCGACGGUCCAAACAAUGAUAAGGGCGGUGCCCCAGACAUUGAUGUUGAUGCAGGUCAUCCUCAGUCAAAGACUGAUGAAGCAUUCAACCAGAAUGCUAUGAAGGGCAAGACUGAUGAAGCAGUCAACCAGAAUGCUAUGAACGGCACAUCCCACGACGUUACUAUGAACCAAUCUGAUGGUGGCUAUGGCCUUUCACUGAAUAAACGCAUCGGUCUGAUAUCCGAACUGAUCAUUGUGUCUCAACCAUCAUUUGACGCAAUAACGAAAGAUCUACCUCCAACACAACCUUCAAGAGAUGUGAACCAUACCAGUGAAAAAAGGAAAAUCCCCGUUCAAACAACUAAUAAUGGACCCAACGAUGUGUUAGGUGUGGCCAUACCUGCUAAGCCAGUGAAACCACCUGUGUUAAACCGUGUUCUAGCCACUUCAUAUAAACGGAAUGUGAUUAAAAAUUCAAGUCCAUUCAAUGUUCCGUUCUGGAAGAAUAUAUUUGAAGUUGACACAUUAGACUUCAUGAGGUGGCUAAGAAUGGGUUCGCUUCGGACUUAUCGAAAGAUCCGUGAACACGAGUUCGAGCACUACCUUAAGAGAUUCAGGGAACUGAAGCCGCCAUUCGACUUCAAUGUUGCCCGUAUCACUGAUAAGAAUUGGUUUAAGAGUCUACAUAUGGAUGUUUUAUUCUACUAUCUGAGGAAGCUUAGACCAUAUGGUUCUAACGAUGUCGUACGGUACACCAUCACUGAAGUUCUCUUUGAUCAGAAAAUCAAAGCACUGUUUGACUUAUACGUGUCGAGAGGUUCCGAUACGGGACGAUUAUCAAUUGGUGAGAGGAGGCUCGUUGUAUACAAUUCUUGUCGAUCAGAAGAGUUUGACAAUAUUGUCUAUGACGGUGUUCGGUGCUAUUCUACUCUCAUUCCUAUUUUCCUCGGUAUGGUCCAUUUCUACUCCAAAAGGACCGACAUCAACAAUGUGGGAGAAGCAUUCGAUGGAAAAGGGAUGAAUGAUCUACUUGAUGUUAUUAUGGCUGAAAAUCUUCCUCAGCAGGAGCAAGGUGAUUGCGGAAUAUUUGUUGCCUCAUUUGCCGUAUACUUCAUCACUAAGUUUGAUCUCCCGACCGACUAUCUUCCCGACACGGAGAGGAUGAGGUACUCAUACCAGCUAUACCAACAUGGACGGAUGAAGCAAAAAUAUUCGUGUGAGAGUGAUGAUGAUUCUCCUAGGAUGCUUGAUGAAAUACAACGUGCAAAACUCGCAUAUGUUUGUCUUGUUGAAUGUAUAUUGGUGCUAUUGGUUUGA